AUAGUCUUGGAUCCCAUCUCUCAUUAAUAUAUAUACACACAUACAUAUACAUAUAUCUUGUCAUCCUUUUUCAUUUCAAAACAUAGAUUUUUGUUAAAAGGAUCCCCUCUGCUUUGCUGUGUGGUCUUCACUUUUUCUGUUCACACACACUUUCUAUAAAUACCCAGAUCAAGAUCUUGAUCAUAAUUUCAAGAUCUUAAGACAAAAAUGGAGCUUUUUUACUUGAUAGUGUUUGGUGGUUUAGCCAUUGUUGUUGCUACAUUGGAGCUUAGCAAGAACAAUAAAGAUAGAAUCAAUACUCCUUCUGCUUUCAAUUCUUUCAAGAACAAUUACCUCCUUGUUUACUCUCUCAUGAUGGCUGGUGAUUGGCUACAGGGGCCAUAUGUCUAUUACCUUUACACCACAUAUGGUUUCGGGAAAGGAGAUAUUGGGCAGCUUUUUAUUGCUGGCUUUGGAUCUUCCAUGCUGUUUGGGACAAUCGUUGGAUCCCUAGCUGAUAAACAUGGUCGGAAAAGAGCUUCAAUUACUUACUGCAUAACUUAUAUCUUGAGUUGCAUCACCAAGCAUUCACCUCAGUACAAAGUUCUGAUGGUGGGACGUAUAUUGGGAGGAAUUGCCACUUCUCUCCUCUUCUCAGCCUUUGAAUCAUGGCUAGUUGCUGAACACAACAAGAGAGGUUUUGAGCAACAAUGGCUAUCAAUUACGUUCUCCAAGGCAGUAUUUCUUGGGAACGGGCUUGUUGCCAUUUUGGCUGGUUUAUUUGGAAAUCUGUUAGUCGGUUCACUAGCUAUGGGACCCGUGGCUCCAUUUGAUGCAGCUUCCAUCUUCCUUGCCAUAGGAAUGGCUGUUAUCAUAUCAUCAUGGUCUGAAAACUACGGUGACCCAUCAGAAAGCAAGGAUUUAAUGACCCAAUUCAGGGGAGCUGCUGUGGCAAUUGCAUCUGAUGAAAAGAUAGCAUUAUUGGGUGCGAUUCAAUCCCUAUUCGAAGGUUCAAUGUACACUUUUGUGUUUUUGUGGACUCCUGCUCUGAGCCCAAACGGUGAAGACAUUCCACAUGGUUUCAUUUUUUCUAUUUUCAUGCUGUCCUCCAUGUUGGGAAGCUCUUUGGCUUCUAGGCUUCUGGCACGUUCAUCAAUUAAAGUUGAAAGCUACAUGCAAGUCGUUUUUGUCAUCUCUUCUGCAUCUCUCUUGCUUCCUGUUAUCACAAGUUUUUUGGUGGCUCCUUCUGCGGAAAAGGGUGGAAGCAUAAAAUUUGCAGGAUGCAUCCAGUUGAUCGGAUUCUGUGUAUUUGAAGCAUGUGUUGGUUUAUUUUGGCCAUCAAUAAUGAAAAUGAGGUCCCAAUACAUUCCCGAGGAGUCUAGAAGCACAAUUAUGAACUUUUUCCGCAUACCGCUCAACAUUUUUGUAUGCAUUGUUCUUUACAACGUUGAUGCAUUCCCAAUCACUGUCAUGUUCGGAAUGUGCUCUGGUUUCCUCUUCCUUGCAUCUAUGUUGCAAAGGCGCCUCUUGGGUGUUGCAGAAAGAUCAAGGCAAGACAAGGUGAGGGAAUUAGAAGCGGAACCACUCACUAUUUAAUAUAUUAAAGAAACAUAUGAAGAUUUAUAAGAAAUGGUCAAAGUCGACAAAUCAUUCUUAUUUAAAGGUGUGUGCAAUGUGCAAUAUAUUUCAUCUCCUGGGAAUCAGAUGGUUUCUGAGGUCAUAGGUGGUUAUGAGGAACGUGAAGAUAGAACUAAAAAAGUUCAUUGAGAAUAAGGAACUUGUUAUACCAAUUAAGAUAGAGUAUUAUGAAGUUUUCAUAGUUUGGUUGAACAUUAACAAUGGUUAUUCCUAACCUAAAGUGUUUCUACAUUUUGUAAUGCUGUUUUUUUGUAGUAGUAUUUAUCAACAUUAAUGAUGUUCAUUAAGAAGCAAACAUUUAGUA